AUGCAGUUACGCGUUGGUGGAAAACAAGACGAUUGGGAAGAAUGGAUUAGGUUUCAAUACGUGUUUUCAUUUUACGAUGUUCCGAGUUUCAUUAGCGGAGAUUCUAUUGCGUUUUUGGAUCCUCAAGAGAAAUUCUUGAGACAACGUGGAAUAAUAGGCCUUUUCCCAACAAAUGGCGUUGAGGGGCUUUCUGAAAAGGACCAUUUGGUCCCUUUUGAAGGCAUCGAGGGCAUCAAUUAUCGUUCGAAUUUUGAGGAAACACUAUUUCGAAUCCCAUUUCGAAGGGAAGCAAGUAAAAUAUCCGACAGAACUUUCUCGAUAACUGAGAUUCUUGAAUUGUUCUUCAAUCUUAAAUCAACUAUCCUCUCCCAACUAUUGUAUUUAUGUUGUUUAAUUUCUCAUAAUCAAUUAAAACAAAAAUUGGAUUUCGCUAUUGGUGCUCAACAAGAUCCUGAAGAUUCUCAAUUACAACAAUACGCGCAACGAUUUCGAUUACGCGUAUUGGAUGGCGUUGCAAGACCACUUGAAAAUUCGAAGGCAAGAUGCUCAGACCGUGCAAUGCUACUGAUUGAAAACAAUAAAAUGCCGGAUUUAGAUCAACUGAAACUCAGUUGGAUCAGUUCUAGUAUUUCCAUCCAAAAGACAUCAAAAGUACGCAAUUUAAUACGGUUUCAAGUACUGAAAUAUAUGUUACAAACCGAAACUAUCUUGUUUAAUGAUAACUCAGAAGAAGACGAAACGCUGUUUUUCCAAUUCAAAUGCGAGGAUUUUAAAGAAGAUUACAGAUUUAUUCGACCCAACAAUUCAGUUUUGUUAGGUGGCAACAGAAACACGGACGUCUUCCUUCAUUCCGGUAUAUUAGAACACGCCGAGAGUUUUUCAAGUAUCGUAUUCAAUAAUAAAGUCAAUGAAAUAGCAUUAAUAAAUCAUCUCUAUAAAAUUUUAACUUGGAAAACAUCAGAAGAGUACCAAUUUUUCCGGUUGCUAAAAGUAAUCCUUCCCAAGUAUAGAGAUGUCGCGUGGAGUAAAAAGUACUUGAUUGCAGAAGAUAUCAUACCGCCUCCACAAGUACUCCAAAAACUUUCAUCAUUCGGAAAACCAAAUGUUUCCAACAUA